GGUAUCAGUUCAUCAUUUUACUAUCGGUUUCUGUUGCUCGCGGUUGGCACACCACACCACAGGAUAGAGGAACUGAGUCAAGUGACACCACGAUAGAGCGAGUAGUGGGAGGCCAGCCUGUAGGGCUUCCAGCUGUUGAGGGUGUGCGAUUGCUUAUCCAGCGAAGGAGAACGGAGGCUGCUGGCGCCUUUUGUCGACGCAGGACGGAGUCUUGGUUUUGUGCCGAGAAAGGACUUGUUGGUUUUCGUUCGCCCAUGUGAAUAGGUUAAAAGGAAAGCAAACGAGUCUGUCUUUGACAGAGACUUCCUGAACUACAAGGUGCUCUAUUGUUCCGAAAACAUACCCCUCGUAGAGAGUGCAAACAAUAGUGUAGUGAAUAGUGCCCCCACCCAAGGGUAGCUCCGUGGAAUUGGGUGAAGUGCGCUAAUAAAAUCGGCGAUAAGUGAAAGUGCUGUUCGUGGUUCCUGUCGGGUGGAGUGAAUGCGUCAAAAUGAAUAAGUAUUUGGUGAGAAGACUGUUGAUCUGCCUGUUGAUCAUGUGUGUGGCUAGCGCCCGGGGUGCUAGCAGCUACUUCUAUGACUCGGAGGAGCCUUAUGGCAACAUGUUGGACGGAACCGAUGAAACGGAAGAACCAGAGAAAUCCAUAUCAGAUGACAGAUUACUAGACAGUAUGCUUCGACAAGGCGCCGACAAGCGCUCCGGGUCUCUAAUUCAGGUCUACCGGAGGUCCUGCAUCCGGCGAGGUGGAGCUUGCGACCACCGAUCCAACGAUUGCUGCCACAACAGUUCCUGCCGGUGCAACCUGUGGGGCUCCAACUGUCGGUGUCAACGGAUGGGUCUGUUCCAGAAGUGGGGAUGAACAAUCUGCCACCAUCGUCAGUCGUACUGCUGCACCGGUCGAGAUUCCUUGGACUUGGACCCCCAUGGCGAAUGGGAGCUUUCGGCGCUAAUGGUGGAACAUGAGCGUCGAGAGUGCCCUUUUCCGUCGGUGUCGACGUCGUUCUUGGGUCUCGUUCUUGUGUCGCUACCGUUCUUGGUUAUCGAUCUAAAACUGCACUCGUCUACUGGCUGCUGAUUUACGGAACACGGACUGGAUUUUAUUCGCGGGCAAACAAAUAAGUUUGAGGACUUACGGCAACAGGACACAUAUAUGGCAAACCGGACACAAAUUGCUACGAAAAUCGAGUUUGAAAAAAUACUGUAUUUUAUGGUGAAAUCUGGUUCAUGCGCUAUUUUCCGAGGCAUGGUGAAGAAUUUACAGAAAUAUUUUGCGUUUGAAGGUUUUUAGGGAUAAGUGACUUACGAUUAUGUUUAUGGUGAAAUUCCAGUCAGAUAGUAAAAGCUUUAGUUGAAACUGAAAAAUGAGACAUGCUUUACAUUUGAAAGACAAGGAAUACACUAUUUAAUGAUAAUGAUAAUAAUGAUAAUGAUAAAUGAUAAUAAUUAUGAUUACAAGAAAACUGAGAGAAAAUAUUGUCUAUAGGUUAUUCAGAUUCAUUCUUUACUGUUUUAGGGCCAUAAGUUGAGUGAAAGUCGGUACGACAUAGAAUUACUUUUAAACACAUCUAGAGCAGCUAAAGAGACAACAAAGAAUUAUAAUGAGGCAACUUAUAAUCAAUUAUUCGACGCUUUAAAGAUGUAUUCCACGAACACAACAAGCACAUAAUUAAAGCCCAGGAUGUUGAGAAGCAAAGCACUUCGACUUUGUGGAACCGUGUUGAAUGUUUUCUCUGAUGUCCAGUGGAUUUUGAUACGACUAAUUUAUUCGCUGUUUAUGUAAUAAAAACAGAUGGGUAACCAACUACUAUAUACAAGUAUAUUAUAAUGAUGAGGAUAGUAGCAGCAGCAGAGCAGCAGAUGAUGGAGAUGCAAAGUCUAUGAGUGGAGCAGUAAGGAAAACUAAUUAAUUAGGAGUAAUCAAUGCGAGCGGAAAAAUUGUCUGGAGUUCGGUUCCCCUCGGUCUUCAAGACAAACCAUCGUCCAGCGCGGCUCAAUCGUUUCCCAGCCUUUUAAAACGAACGAGCGUCGGAGGCACCGACGGAGAAAAGUCCUCCGCAUGUACUUUUCCGCUUGUUGUACGCAUAACUAUUUGAAUAAAAACUAAACCUAACGGAAAUGUGUUUGAGCACAUUUAUCAGA